AGGCGUCCCAGAGGAGGCAGGACCUGGAGGACUCUCUGCAGGCCCAGCAGUACUUUGCGGAUGCUAAUGAGGCCGAGUCCUGGAUGAGGGAGAAGGAGCCCAUCGUUGGAAGUCCAGACUAAGGGAAAGACGAGGACUUGGCCGAGGCUCUCCUGAAGAAGCACGAGGCCCUGAUGUCGGACCUGUCGGCUUACGGCAGCAGCAUCCAGGCCCUGAAGGAGCAGGCCCAGUCCUGCAGGGACCUGAAGGCCAACGUGUCCUGCCUGAGGGACAUCAACAAGGUGGCAUCUGAACUGGAGUCAGAAGGUCUGAUGGCUGAGGAGGCUCCUAUGGUUCAGGCUCAGGAUGAAGCCGACUCUAACACGGCAUCACCCUGGAAGACCGUACGGUUGGGCGUUCAGACGACGGCUAACUUUAAUUCCAUCAAGGUAAGAGGAAGCUCUUCCCUUCCUGUCUGAGCGAUCCGUCUCCAGGUUUCCUCGUCCGGCGUCCAGCCCGCUGGUGUCCACCUUCAUCUCACCUUCAUCUCAUCUCACUUCAUUUAUAGUGCAAUACUUUAAAAUUAUCAUUUUCCCACACUUCUGUA